CGCCGCCGCGCUCCCGGCGUGCUCCGCGCCGCGCUCGGGCCUGUGGCGGGGGCGCGCCCGCCGCCAUCUCGUGCGCGCGGCCUGGACAUGGAUGCAGAUGAUACAGGAAAUCGACUUCGAUUCCAGCUGGAGUUGGAGUUUGUUCAAUGUCUGGCAAAUCCAAAUUACCUCAACUUUCUUGCACAAAGAGGCUACUUCAAAGACAAAGCUUUUGUAAAUUAUCUUAAAUAUUUACUUUAUUGGAAAGAACCUGAAUAUGCAAAAUACCUGAAGUAUCCUCAGUGUUUGCAUAUGUUAGAGCUGCUCCAGUAUGAACAUUUCCGCAAAGAACUGGUCAAUGCUCAGUGUGCCAAAUUUAUUGAUGAGCAACAGAUCCUCCACUGGCAGCACUAUUCCCGGAAAAGGAUGCGCCUCCAGCAGGCACUGGCUGAGCAGCAGCAGCAAAAUAACACCUCUGUAAAAUGAAAAACACGUGGAGUAGUCAUGAUAAGGUGUACUUUGUGUCAGUGAACUAUUUACAGGAGAGGAAUGAACCCUUGUGUAGGUUUGGCUCUGGAUGUGUGUCCCUUUAAUUUGGAUUUAUCAAAUGACUGGAGUUGUUUUUGUUUCGUCAGCGCCUUUAGAGACUAAUAAACACCUAAUGCAAUUUA